AUGCUGACUCGCUACGUGAAGAUUCGUGAUGCAAUCAAGAUGGUCGCUGCUGUCGAAGACUUGCUUCCACGCCCGAGUACACACCGCCAGAUUGUCCAGCUUGUAAACAAGCUUGAAGAUCUUGACAGCAUCUGUGUCAAGCUUCAAUCAGAGGACUGUACGCUGGGCGAGGUGCGACGUCUUUUUGACACUGUCAUGGCAAAGUAUCCUGCCACCUCGCACCAUCUUGGCGCCUCCGCGAAAAUCGUGCAUUUACCCGUCUUUGAGGACGCAGUGGUCAAGUUGCUGUCGGACCGCGAGAUUAUUCAAGAGGAAGAAGAGAAUGUCGCUUGCUUUGCUUUGCCUGCCCCCCCCCCCUCCCAACGAGGCUCCAAGAAAUGUAGACUUCGCGACUAA